CUAAACAGAAGCUCCAACUCCUCAAAUUUGUAAAGACUUGACGUCAAUUAGGUUCAAUUAUUGUACAUGAUACUUUAAUUCUCAAAAGCUACCCAAAACGGAUGUUGUUGAAGAUUUUUUAUUUCCUUGGUGACGUAACUUGACAUUAAAAAUUUUAUUUUUAUUUAACGUUAGUCGGAAGUUCCCACGCGAAGCAGAGGCUGUUUGAUCUAGGUCUAUCCAAUGGUUUGCUGUCAGGAAAGAUUCUAUUGAUUUAUUAUAGAGUCUGGAAAACAACGAUCUGGGGGACACUAGCUCAUGACGAGGAAUUGUAAAUAUCAGGAUAAUGAUACAAUCGUAAAAAAAUAGGAUGGAAGAACAGUUUCUUCGAAACGCCAAAGCAGAGGAGAAUGACAGUGAAAUUUGCACAUGUUCUCGAAAUGACGCCAUUGUCAAAGGUGAUCCAUGCCCAGGAUGCUGUCAUCGAAACGAAGAAGAAAAUAUACAGUCCAAUAAUAACAAAGCCCGCUUUAAAUCAUCAAACAGAAGAGUUUUGAAGGAAAUUCCUAUUGAUUUUUCUUCCCGAAACAGUCGAUGUUUGUUGGUUCUUUCUGUUUUGUCUGUUAUAUGCUUCUGUCCUACGGGGAUUUUUGCAGUGAUCACAGCGGCAAAGUUGCAAAAGGCAAGAAAGCUUGGGAAUGGCCCUAUGAUAGAGAAACUGACUUCUCGGACGAGGAUGCUGGUCUCCAUGUCGAUGGGAAUCUGGAUUGUUAUUCUAGUCUUUUGUUUGAUUAUAUAUUUUGUAAAUAUUUUUGGCAUUAGGAGUUACUUCACAUAACACGUCAUCCUUCAUUGUUUUCUUUUUAUGA